AUGGUCUCGUUUCUAUCACUCCAAUUCACGUCAACACAACAAUGCAUGGGAUGGAUUAUGAUAAUUUAUAUUUUCUUUGGUAAUAUUGGCAAUUUAUGCAACUGUAUUGUAUUUCUUCGAAAGCAACUUCGAUCGAAUUCUUGUUCAUGUUAUUUAUUAGCAGGUUCUAUUUCAAAUAUUAUCGUAUUAUCAUUUCUCGUAUCAACAAAUAUUUUUGCUAUUGAGAGAUUCGAUCCCACGAAUAAUUCAUUAAUUUAUUGCAAAAUACGUGCGUACUUUGGACAUAUUGUUAUUAAUCUUUCUCGUACUUUGAUUGUACUUGCCUGUUUUGAUCGUGCCUGUAUCUCAUCGAGUCAUGUGUCAAUACGAAAUAUUGGUAAAGUACGAGUAGCUUUAAGAAUUAUUUUCUUCUCGAUUAUAUGCUGGAUAUUGUUUUCUGUUCAUGCACUCAUUUGGAAUACGAUUGCCAAUGUCGCACCACCUUUAUUAAUGAUCGCAUUCAGUUGGACAACACUGCGUAACAUACGUCUCGCUCACCGUCGUGUUCAGCCGACAUUAACAUUUAGUGGCAUGCGUCCACGUGAUUUUCAAUUAACACGAAUGUUGGUAGCAGAAGUAGUCGUAUAUGUUUUAUCUUCAUUACCUUUUACAUUCUAUAGCUUUUAUUCUUCUGUAACAAUGUCGAUAAACAAAAGUUCUGAUCGACAAUCAAUCGAAGCAUUCAUUAAUUUUCUCUCAAGCAUUUUUGUCGUAUAUAUCAAUCCAUCAUCGACAUUCUACGUAUACUAUGCGACAUCUAAAACGUUUCGAUCUGAAUUCAAAGCAGCUGUUAAGAAUAUUUGGCAGCGAAUUUUUCGAAGGGAUCAACAGCGUCAAAAUCCGGAUGAACCAGCAAGAACAUUCAUCCAUCGAUUUUUAUAAAAUAUGAAAAACAAUCAAGAAUAAUAUCAGACGAAAAACAAGCCUCGUUUUGAUUAUAUCAAUGUAUGCAGAGCUCCGUUAGUUAUAGUUAAAACUAUUUCGAUGUCAGAAUGGAUGGUUUUCCAUAGGAUAUAUUUGAAAGCAUAACGCAGGAAGCUCUGCAUGUAAAAUUAUAUGUAAAUUAGUUAGUUUCUUGUUCCAAGUAUUUGUAAGUGUUCGAGUAGUUUUAACAAUAUCCGUGUUUUCAAUUAUUAAAAAAAAACUAUUAUUUUAUCUCACUGUUGUUUUGUUUUUAAAUUCAAGUUGAUGUUGUGCAUAUUAUUAAUAAACGUCAUGUAAAUGUGAUUGAAGAGUCUCAUAUUAACACUAAUUUGAUCAAGAAGAAAGCUGAAUACGUUAUAUUUUUUAUCAGGAAGAUAUAUGAGUUGCUUAUCAAGUCAAUCAGAAAAACCAUUUUGAACGAUAAAACGUUUUUGACGCAGAGAGAGACGAAAAACUGAAACAAGUAUGCUCAAAUGUCUGAAUGUAAAGUCAAUCGGCUGACCAGUGGAUAUUGGUGUGAAAUGAUUGGUAGCUGCGAGUUUUAGUUUUCUCUUUAUUUACACGAACAUUCACAUGUUUCUUUUACAGAUGGAACAUCAUAGGAAACAUCUACUACGUUUAUUGUUCUCUUGAUCAUUUGACGGUUCCUAUCAAAAUUAGCAUUUAACUUGUUUUCCAUUUCAAACGAUUUGAUCGUACUUCAUAUUACAAUUCUGUCGUGAUUAUGGUAGAAGAUCUUUUAAUCAUCAAACUUGCCAAAGAAUGCGUAUGCAUAACACAUCAACGACAGUAACGUAUGAUAGUAGAAUGGAGAUUGACGCAUGGCAAGACGAAUCCAUACUGAUAUUUUUGAGAGAGAUCUUAUUGUAGUAGCUUUUCACAACAAACCAAUGCAGAUGACAAAAUUUUAUAAUCGACCUCAGAACAAAAAUAUUGAGUUGAAUAUUAAGCAAUACAUUUUGGAUGUGGUGUUGGGUGACGACAUGAGUUACACUCAAGCAGAGCGUCAAUUUAAAAGUCUAAACUUAAAUUUCUUCAUCAAUGAAAAUUAUCGAUUAACAUUCAAAUUAAUAUUUGACUACACUUUUAAUAUGCUAAAAUGGACAUAGUAGGAAUGUAUAUGGUUGUACUACGAAGCUUAUUAAGAAUUCAAUGUAAAUUUCUUUGUCGGAAAACACAAUCAAGAAAAUUAUCAAUUUCCUGCUCCAUUCAAAAUCUGAGUUCCUGAUUGAACGAUACUUGGGUGAGUGGGUAUGGAUGCAGAUGCAGGUGCGGGUGCGGGUGUGAGUGUGGAUGUUAUUGUUUUCUUCAUCUGGACCCACGCCCACCCACAUCCUUCUUGCUGUUGAAAUUCAUCUUUCUUUGUGAUGAAUACUUUCCUUUUACCUUAGCUAGGUAUUCACUGAUUUCGAUCUGUGUCUGUAGCAAGACCCAUUCUGGUAAACAAACACUCAUUAAACAACAUGUCUUAUUUUUUAUCAAAGCUGAGUUUCGACAAAAACGAAUCGUGUAUUUCAUUCAUUAUCUGCUAUUAGUCAUCAUAUUGAUUGAUUCUCUUAUAUUUCAUAUUUAUAUAUUUUGGUUACACUUUGACACGAUAUGCGAUAGUUUAAUGAACAAAAUUAGCCUAAUAUUUCAUUAUUAUUGUGAUCUUCAGUUAGUAAAAGUUGCAUAUCACCACUCAGUUCAAUGCAGAGACCAUCACAAAAAAUCCAACUUCAUAAGUUUGGGUGAUUUUUUAGCUUUCUUUUCGUUGUACACUCUAUUGUAUCAUUCAUUAGAUAGUUCUUCUUUCGCUCCUCAACAACUAGCAUAUUUCUAUGCUUAUAGUGCAUCAGAUUAUCAAAAUAAUUCAUUCUAUGUAAGAAAAAGGAGUAGGUACCUAAUUCGAAUUCGAAUAUAAUUGAAAAAAAGCAGCACCCAUGUUAGUUUUAUCAAAGAAAAUAAUUUUAUCUCAGGUAUAAUUAUUAUAAUUGUAAUAAAAUAUAUUUUAUUUAUUUUCAAAGUGACUUUAUGCUUUCGGAGGCUCAUUUAUAUUUGAACUCGAAUUAGGCAUCUCAUAAUAUUACGGUUUUUCUGGCAUAGAAAAUUAAGGUGCAAGCAAUUCAAAUAUAGAGUAAAAUAUUUUCUUUUGAUAUUUUUAAAUGGUUCGAUAGAGCUCGUCGAGCUCUACAAAACUGUCUAUAUUAAAAGUAAUUUAAGCCAUUUUUCUGAGAUAAAAAACUUUAAAACUCGCUUUUUUAUAUGAAAGAGAAACACUCGAUUUUCUCAAUAAAAUUAGCUUUUUUCAUUAUUUUUACUAACAAAGAUGCUUCAAAAUAUACUCAUUCAAUGCAGCGUGAAAAACUGUGUCUAACAAGUGUAUUUUGAAGCGUCUUUGUUAGUAAAAAUAAUGAAAAACGCUAAUUUUAUUGAGAAAAUCGAGUGUUUCUCUUUCAUAUAAAAAAGUGAGUUUGCAAAUUUUUUAUCUCAGAAAAAUAGCUUAAAAUACUUUUAAUAUAGACAGUUUUGUAGAGCUCGACGAGCUCUAUCGAACCAUUUAAAAAUAUCAAAAGACAAUACUUUGCUCUAUACUUGAAUUGCUAGCGCCUUAAUUUUCUCUGUCAAAAGAAUCAUAAUAUUUCUGAAAAUUUCGUAAGUUCGACAUUAAAAGGUUUUGAUAAAUCUUGCUAUUUAGUAUUAAUAAAUCCCGUUUUCGACGCGCUUCAAUUUGGUAUAAAAUUCAUUAGGUAUUCAACUUGAAAUCAUGGCGCUAUCCCUUAGCAAAAGGCUAUGCACAACGCUGUAUAUUCACUAGACGCAUCUUUCUGCAACAAUGUUCAAGUCUUAUUAGAUGGGUUUGCAAUAAUAAGGAUUGUACAAACUGACAUUUUCUGGUUUCAGUCAAGCAUGAAUUAACGUAUAUGAAAAAAAACUUGUUCUCAUUCAUGUAAAAAUUUUCGUCAAAAAAUCCGAUGAAAAUGUCACGAUUUUAAUACGGCUAAACCUGAUCUUUUCCCAUAAAACAUCGGAUUCAUUGGAUUUUUUUUAUAAAAAGGAAGUAAAUUUAAUUAGAGUUUUUGUCCAAAAAUUUCAUAUGAACAAUCAUUGCUUUUUUUCCCUCUUUUUGGGAGAAGCUGGCUUAUGAAUAAUACAGAUAAGACAUUUUUGACAAUGAUUACUCUAACCACAUUUUUGGCUUUUUAGAGCGCUAAAGCUGACACAAAUGGCUGUUUUUUAUCGAUUUCCACGAUUUUAAUGAUCUAGAGAUAGAAGUCUGAAAGUGUCCAACUGACAAAUUUCUAGUUGUCGUCCAAAUCCUAGCUCUAAAUAUUGAGGUAACACUUGUUCAUCGUACGAUGAUAUUGAUAUACAUUCUAUGACGGUGGAUGGGGGAGUAGAUGUUGCUAAGGAGGGUGUGGGUGUGGGUGUGGGUGUGGGUGUGGGUGUGGGUGUGGGUGUGGGUGUGGGCGGGUGCGGGGGGGUGGGGGGCGGCCUGGCGGGGGGGCGAUGGGGGCCCUGGCCGA